AUGGAUGCUAAGUCUCCUUCCAAGCGUCAAAGAGCGGAGGCUGAUGUCGGGCUACCAACUUACGCACAUCAAAUCACGAAGCCUACUCGUCCGGUCAGUCCCCAGGGCAGGACUAUCAGGCAUAGUGGGUACAUGUCUAGCCCUGUCGACACAGGUUUCAGUAAGCCUUCGAUUUAUCACACAUCGGCCAACAACGCCAUCGGUUGCGACACCGACUCCGAUACUACCAAGACCGGAAUCGGCACAGACAUGGAUGAGCACGGCAAUGUCGAAUGCGCAUCGCACAACAAUCAUGAGCUUGAGAUGGAUGUGAAACUCGAAAAGCCUCAGCCUCGCUGCGAAAUGGCAGCGCAAACAGCAAAACCCGCGAGCCCAGUCCUGGAGCCAGUCCAGGAGCCAGUCCAACGGGAGUCUCUCAUGGGUCGAACUCUGAUUCGUGGCGGGUCCGGAGACUUUGCCUGGCAAAAGAAGUAA